AUGUCAAAAUUCACCACAUUCAAUUUUCCAGUUUCACCAUAUGGAAAUCUUGAUUUCUUUCAAAUCGAAGAGUCUUUGGGUAAGUUUGUAACUGUGAAAUUAGAAAACGAUGAAGUCUUCGAAGGAUAUUUGUAUAAUAUUGAUCCAGUAACUUUUAGUGUAUUUUUAUUAAAGAUUAAUAAAGAAGAUUUGCUAGAAAGUUCAAUUCCUUCUAAACACAAAGUUUUGGUCGUAAUGCAUCACGCCAUAUCAGAUUUUCAAGUGAACGAAAAAGAAAACAGAUUAUCAAAGGAAAUCUUGGAUUCGAUCGUAACAACUCGAACAGAUCAUUACGAUGUCAAUUCAGAAUUGAUACAGAAAAGAAAAGAAGCCUUGAUUAAUUUAUUUGAAUCGGUUAGUGAUUUUUAA